AUGGGCAACAAGCGGCAAGUGAUUGGACCCCCAAUACCACCGCCUCCUGCGCCAUCACUAAGGCUUUCCAAGUUUUCCAUAUCCCAGCAAUACAAAAUUGGUGUACCUGACACAUUACUAAACAGAAUAGAAAAAUACACCUUCACUCAGCCUAAUGAACAAAUACGAAAUGUAUUUGAUAUAAUACAAUAUUGCGGUAUUGCCAUACCGUCAAUUUUUGGUCCCAUUCAUACGCCUAACGAAUUUCACGACAAAAUAUUAAAAGCUUACCAUCAUUCCCUAAGGGUCUUGUUAUUUUACCACUAUCGCAAAGGUGGAAGUCUCCAAUCUAUCAUUAAAUACCGAGAUAACAUACUGAUUCUAGACUCAAAUGUUAAUGCUAGGAGUGUGAUUUGGCAAUUCGCCAAAUCAGAAAACACAACCAUCAGUAAUACAAAUAAGUGGCAUUUUUUGUACCAUGAAAACAAGAUGUCUAAUAAGAAAUUGAUUGUUUUCAGGGACAUUCGCACGCAUAUGUUAAAUGACUAUGCAAAAUACCUAAUUUCACUAUUAAAUAUAUCGAAUGAUACAGCAAUACAGCUGUUAACAAUGUUGUUGUACAAAACUUUGUCUUGUUCUGAAAAUUCAUUUUUGAGACUGGUAAAAACACUCUUUUCAUCUCUUUCCAAUUACUACCUGUCACUACUCUCUCAAAUCGCAGUUGAAUUUAUUAAACAUGGUAAUAUGCCCAUUGAGACAUUACGUCGGUUAGCAGAUCGUUGGUUGCCAAUAUUUAUAUCUCAAGAAACUCCGCAUACAGAGGCUUUGUUUGUCCAAAUUAUUUUAUCAUCACCUGAUCAAUUGGCUCACCUACACACAUCAACGGUUGGUGAAAAUUGUCAUUUUUGUUCCAACUCGUUGCUAUUUUUAUUAUCGCUAAUAAGGACCAGCAGGCAGUUUUUAUCAAUCUUAGCAAAAUACCAUCAAGCUUCAAAGACUGCAUUUACUUUGUUCGUAUCACUAGCAAAAGAUGAAAGGUUUGGUGAUUCUAGCUUGAUGCUUAGGGCUGAGGCUACAAAUGCUAUUGUACAAUUAUGGUUAUCACCAGCUAAAUUCCAUAUUUUGACUUUGGGGCCAAGUGUUAUACAUAUUUUGGGCGAAAUUUGCCGUCUCCAAACGAUACAGAUUAAUGUAUGGAAACCACUAGUUGAGGAUUGUAUUGAUGAUAAUAGGGUCAAAUUGCUAGAUAUAAUGAGUAGCAAUGUCAAUCAUUUUGACAAAUUUCGUAUUUAUCGUGAGAUUGACACCAUUGAUUAUAGUCUUAAAAUGGAUAAUUUAUACACUGUAUUUUCUAGACAAUUUUUACGACCAUAUUGCGUGACAAAUUUGGAUCAUAUAGACACGAGCUAUUACUUGGCUCCAUUGAUAGUAAAUUAUUUGACAAAAACAAAUGUUACAAAUGAACAGCUGCAACAGGGUAUUGCUGGAGUUUUGGUAAGACUCCUAUGUGAAAUGACAACAAAAGCUCCCCUCGCAUAUUUGUUUAGUGCAAGGCUAUCGCUUUUUAUUCAUUGGAUAUCACUUCACCGCUGCACUCUGUUAAAGUUGGGUAUUAAAGGAUUACUUAGUGAUGACCCAGAUGUCACGGCAUUUCAAAAUGGCGAAUAUUUGAAUAAAUUACCGGAUAAUCACAUAUAUGAUCUGAAUGAAUCGAAACAAUUCUACCUAACACUCCCAGAAAUGAGUUAUAAUGAUACACAACAGCUGGGGGUGUCCAAGGUAUUGUUCGGAAUUAUGGAAGCAGAUAAUAAGCAGGGUCUAGCCUUGCUAGAUUUCCUAUGUCAUAUAACUAUUCAUUACUAUCCCUCAGCAAAACUUUCUUAUUUAUCAUUGAUUUUAUCGAUGUACUCUGAAAUGGACCGGGACAUUAAAAGUGGAGAAACUGUGCCAUUUGUUAACGCAGGUAACAACUUUAAGUUUAGCAAAUAUAACAUUGUUAGCAUUAUUUCACUGUGCCUUGGCGUCAAACGCAUAAUAGUAACACUCAAAGGAUUGAGCGGUUGUUGCGACGAAAUUAACAAGCCGUUGGAGUAUAUAUUUUCCAAAAAAUAUCCAGUUUCUCCUAAUGUUAAGGUGGCAGUUAAUAUACAAUAUGAUAUCAAUAAAUCAAAACUAGAGAUUCCCCUUUUGAAGUUGGUGUUAAGACACCUAUUAGAAUUUUACAUUGAUCGUAGAAUCAACGCUAAGUAUUACAGGCAUUUACACUUGACAAAUCUAAGUAUAAGCGAUUUGGCAUGCAAAGGUGUAAACGUAAAUGAUGAAAAAAUAGGUACAGUAACACCACAAUUACAAGAUGCGAUUAGGAGAAUUAGUCUAAAAGUGAGUGAAUUUAACGACAUUCCCACAUUUUUGAGUGUAUUUUCCAAUAAAUUAAUAAAUUCAAGUGGUGAAUUGGAUGAUAUUGACAAUACUGAUACUGACAGCGUUGGUUUCUAUGAAUUCAUAAAUAGAAUGGCUGAGAAUUUUAAUGGAAUCAAUUUUGACAAUAUAACUAAUGCAAGUAAUCAAUUUGAUAAAUUUGGUCAAAUUAUAACUUCACAUUUUAUAGCGAAAUUAAUUUCAAUACACUUGUUUGGUGAUAGUGAUGAUGCAUAUACCCGUCUGACAGCCUGUCUGUCUAAAAAAUAUACUCUCACUCAAGUAAUUAACUGUAUUAAGCAUAAUCAAAGUACAGAUAAUGAGAUAUUGCCUUUUUUAAUGAAUGAGACUGAGUUCAAGGAUCUAGUUGGAGAUCAUGCAGCUGUUAAUGAUGUUACAAUCAUCCCCUUCAAUAUGUUGACCAACAAUACAAUUAAUGGUAAUCAUGGCGGUUCAAUUGGAUUGCUAAAAUGGAAAUGCGACUGGCUACUUGUGUGUGCAAAAAUAACAUCAUCCAUGGCAGUUUUGGGAUCUAUCAAGGCUGGUAACAUAUUAAGUAAGAUUGAGAAGCAAGUUCACGGCUCAUUAAUGAGUAAAAUUAGUGUGAAUGAUAAGAGAGACUUGAGAGUUUCUACCCUAUUGCCAUAUAAACAAUUGGAUCUUGCACUAAAUAAAAUUGCCGAAUUCCUGCAGGCAACAAAUAAUGUGGAGUAUGUUUGUAUUGCGUUGAAUAUUUUGUGGAAUUUGGUAAUAUCAUCGUUGCCCCGAGUGAAUCUUGUCAGUCCUCUAAUUAAGAUAUUGUUAACUGUGAAUUCCCAAAUGAAUAAUCCUCAGAUAAUGAAUUUUCAGGUGAAUAAUCUUAAUACAUUGGCAUCUUUAGUCACUACUAUAUUUUUAUUAUGGAUAACCGCUGACCCAUUGCAAUCUUUGAUAGCAUUUACUAAAGUAACUCCUUCGGGUAGCCCAUCGUCUGUCGUUUCCUGGAGGAGUAUUGAAAAUUUUGUGAAGUAUUCUAUGCGCGAUAGCAGUGCUUUGGAGUGUAGGUUUAAUGAUGUGAAUUUGCAAUUCGCUGAAUUUACACUGCCCUUGGCGCAUAAGAUAUUCAUGGGUAAUAUCAAAAUAUGA